AUGGAUAUGGUGGGGAAAAUAUUCGGGUUUGGAAAAAAGGGCGAGCCACCCUCGCCGCAACAAGCCAUUCAGAAACUGAGGGAGACGGAAGAGAUACUGAACAAAAAGACGGAGUUUCUAGAAAGCAAGAUCGACAAGGAGAUAGAGACGGCCAAGAAGAACGGAACGAAGAACAAACGAAUGGCUCUGAAUGCCUUGAAGAGGAAGAAGAGACUAGAGAAACAGCUUCGGCAGAUCGACGGAACACUCUCAACGAUAGAGUUCCAGAGAGAGUCUCUGGAGAACGCACAGACAAACACUGAAGUCCUGAAGAACAUGAGCUACGCCGCCAAGGCCCUCAAGGCGGCCCACCGACAACUGGAAGUCGACGAUAUCCACGAUAUGAUGGACGAUAUCGCGGAGCAAAACGAAAUAGCGCGGGAGAUUUCGGACGCCUUCGUACCGCUCGGUGAGGAGUUUGACGAGGAGGAGCUUCUAGCUGAACUCGAGGAGCUGGAACAGAAGGUGCUAGAGGAUAAUUUGCUGGAUGUGCAAACGCCCUCGUCCGCAUCUCUGGAGGACGGCUCUGAGCUACAGCUUCCCGAUGUCCCCACACAAGCCGUGCCUGUCGCUGCAUCGCGGAAGAAGAAAUCGGCAGCAAACGAGGACGAUGACUUGAGGGGUCUGGCCGCGUGGGCUACAUCCUAG